AGGCUGCUAUGAAUUCUUGCAUAUGUUUAGUGUUUUGCUGUUAUGGACUUACUUAAAUUUUUUCUCUCAAGAGUUGGUUCCUUCUGUACUUGACUUGACCACUGUCUGCUUAGAUCCAGUUCAAGAUGAGUCCAUGUUCCUUGCGAUCAGUUUAGCCUAGUGAGUGGAAUUAACUGACCUCCGAGUUCAGAUUUAGCUUAGCCUAGUAAAUUGUGUACCUCCAGUCAGUCAUAAAAGUUUGCAAGUCCACUCAGAAUGGAUAUGACGACAUCUCAAGAAUAUGCUUUCCAAUCCAAGUUACUGCAAGAAUUCACCAACGUCCCGAGCAUUGACAGUGCUUGGGUUCUCAAAACCAACAACAAAGACAUAUCCACAGCAAUGUUCUCCAUUAGCCAGCCAGACCUACUGGCGAACAGCACCAGAAAAUACACUAUGUAUUCUCAUAUUACAAGAGCUGGUACCAACUCUCUGGAUUUCCAAUGGUCUCCCUUUCCCACUGAAAUGACUGGAGUGUCCGUCAUUGUCCCAUCCCCAUCGGGAUCAAAGCUUCUUGUAGUGCGAAAUGGAGAGAAAGGUUGCCCUACUAAGCUUGAAAUUGUUGAUCAAUCGCAUAUGGAGAAGGAGAUACAUGUUGGUCAGUCCAUGCAUGGUCCACUUUAUACCGAUGAAUGGUUUCAUGGUAUUUCUUGGAAUCAAGAAGAGACUUUGAUAGCGUACAUUGCUGAAGCUCCACCCCAACCAAGAACAGCUUUCAAUGAUUGUGGAUAUAGAAAGGAAGAUUCUUCUGAGGAAGACUGUAAUAGCUGGAAAGGACAAGGGGAUUGGGAAGAAGACUGGGGUGAAAGAUACUGCAGAAAAGGGAGACCCUCAUUGUUUGUUCUUGACAUUGCCAGUGGAGAAGUGCGAGCGGCUAAAGGCAUUGCGACAUCGUUGAGUGUUGGCCAAGUUGUUUGGGCUCCAUCAUCUUCAAGUGGCAGCCAAAAGUAUUUAGUUUUCGUUGGAUGGUUAGAGCACAACGGGUUUCAGAACACUGCUAGAAAACUAGGUAUCAAGUACUGUUCUAACAGGCCAUGUGCUCUUUAUGCGAUUGCUAGCCCUUUUGAAGGACCAGAACCUGACACUAAACGAGUUAGUGAUAGUAAAUCAGACUCCGCUGCAGCAGCACAGAAUUUAACAGCAAGCAUCAAUAGUGCUUUCUUUCCACGGUUCAGCCGGGAUGGAAAAAUCCUAGUCUUCCUAUCUGCAAAACAGGCUGUAAAUAGUGGAGCACAUAAUGCAACGAAUUCUCUGCAUAAGAUCAACUGGCCUUCUGAUUGGAAAAUGGAUAAACAACUUAAUGUUACUGAAGUGGUGCCUAUUGUAAUGUGCCCUGAAGAUGAUUGUUUUCCGGGUCUUUACUGUUCAUCCAUUCUGUCCAAUCCUUGGCUUUCUGAUGGAUGCACGAUGAUACUAACAUCUGCUUGGAGAAGUACCGAAGUGAUAUUAUCAAUAGAUGUUUUAAGUGGAAAAGUAACAAGAAUUACUCCAGAAGACUCACAUUACUCUUGGAGUGUCCUUGCAAUAGAUGGUGACAAUGUUCUUGCUGUGUCAAGUAGUCCCAUCGACCCUCCUCACAUCAGGUAUGGACGCCAAGUGACACCAGAGGGGCAAGAACACAGAUGGACUUGGGAUGAAGUUGAUAGUCCGUUGGUUACGGCCAGCAAUAAGGUUAAGUCCUUGUUAUCGCAUCACAGUGUCACUAUACUUAAAAUUCCUGUCGCUAACUCCUCAGAUGACCUCUCUGAUGGUGGCAAACUUCCAUUUGAGGCCAUUUUUGUGUCCUGCAAGGAUAGUUCACACAGUCCAACUGUUGUAAUCCUUCAUGGUGGUCCACACUCGGUGUCUGUGUCAAGCUACGUGAAAUCAUCAGCAUUUCUUGCUUCACUUGGAUUCAACCUGCUAAUUGUUAAUUAUCGAGGUACACCGGGUUUUGGAGAGGAGGCUUUACAAUCGCUUCCCGGAAAAGUCGGUUCUCAGGACGUCCAAGACUGUCUUACAGCCGUAGAUCACGUCAUCAAUGAAAAGCUAAUAGAUGCUUCUAAAGUAGCUGUUGUUGGGAUUUCACAUGGUGGAUUCUUGACAACUCAUCUGAUUGGUCAGGCUCCAGAUAGAUUUGUGGUGGCAGCUGCUCGGAAUCCUGUCUGCAACCUGUCGCUGAUGAUUGGCACCACAGACAUUCCAGACUGGUGUUACAUGGUGGCCUGCGGACCUGAAUCGAAGCAAUAUGCCUCUGAAUCCCCUUCACCUGACCAUCUUCACCUCUUCUAUCAGAAAUCACCAAUUGCCCAUAUCUCAAAAGUGAAAGCGCCCCUUCUUAUGCUUCUUGGAGGAGCUGAUCUUCGAGUACCAGCUUCUAAUGGCCUACAGUAUGCAAGGGCCCUGAGAGAAAGGGGUGGCGGGGUCAAAAUUAUGAUGUUCCCAGAGGACAUACACGAAAUCAUCAUACCUCGGUCCGAUUUUGAAAGCUUCCUCAACAUUGGAGUAUGGUUCAAGAAACAUAUGGAAUAAAUAAGUGCAAACGCAGUGGUCCCAAGCAGAGUCCAUGAGGUUGAAGAACAAGGCUUGUCUAUGGACUUCAAAUAGUUUUUGUAGCAGUGCUCAUUUGGGAAGACAUCAAUUUUCUCAUGAAAAAUGCUGAUUCCUAUCGGCCUCAUAGGAGACUCCGGUUCCUUUUUAGAUUUGACCAAACCUCUGCUCCAUUUAAUACUGCCUUAUUUCAUGACUUUGACAUUUUUUACUCAGCCUUUUUCCGAGUCCUUGGGAUGUACAAAAAUCAGGGCUAAGUUAUAAUGUAUGGCACCUCUCAAGGUAAAAUAACUCUCAA